AAAUCUAGAGUGUGAUCUCUACAAUGACAUUUUUGGCCAUUUCAGUCACUAAAAAAAAAUUUUCGUUUUCUCAUAUUUAAUCAUGACAAACUCAGUUCACCAAAGCAGGUUAUGCUGCUGUUCCAAUCGUCCCAAACUAUGCUCGGAAGUUAAUACCAAUAAAUGUAAUUGUUGCAAAUGUCCACCGAAAAUUAAAGGAAAAUUUGGAUUAGCGUGGGUGACAGAAACGCAAGAUUGUAAAAGCGCGCCCGUAGGCUGGCAAGUAGAGUUUAUAGAUACGCCUUCGAGAGUUUUCCAGAAGUGCCGCAAUCUGGUAGACUGGGUUAAAUCUCCACCCAUUGCGUGUUCUUGCUCGCCAAAAAUAACUGAACAGGGAAAUGAUGGAUGUGGCGCGUGCUGCACUGGCGGUUGCAGAUGUUAUUCCAGUAAUUGUUGUGGAUGCAAGGAAGCAAUUGAAGAAAGGACCGGAACUGUUGAUAAGUGUUGUUCGGCUAUUAUUUUAAAAACGAACGCUGAAGAAAAGGAGGAAAUUGAUUCGACAAAUAAUAAGGCAGCCCCUGUCGGAGACGUAAAACCUCCAAGGAGGCGCGGAAAUAGAAGACGUGCCGAUUGAAUUUCUAAAUAACUUAUUUCUCUCACUACUGCAAACUUAUAGCUGCUAUGUGCGUUUCAAGAACUUCUCUCUACAUUGUACAUAAAUAAAGUAAAAUGUUCAUGG